AUGGAGGAGGGUUUAGAGAAGAGAGAAUUGGAAGUUGAGGUGAUUAGCAAGGUUGCCGAAGUGAUUUCGGCUAUAAAGAACGCGAAACACGUCGAUCAAGUUAUUUGCGCUCUUCAUUCCAUAGCCACUAUUCUCUUCCCCGUAGACCCCUCUCUCCUCUCAGAUAGCAUCAAUGAGAGUUACCGAGACCAGGUAUUCAGUGUUGAAGUUCAUAGUGCAGAAAAACGAUAUGGUUCGUGGCGUGCGUUUUAUCGAGGAGCUGCUUUUCCUACACUGGCUAGGUUUCUAUUACUUGAUGUUGCUUCGACCUGGUUGGGUUGUUUCCCAUUUUCGGCGCAGAAAUAUGUUUAUGAUGUUUUCUUUGUCCGUGGAUUGGUUACUGAGGUUCUGCAGAAUUUGGUUCCUUUUCUCCGGCUGAAUGCUGGUGAUGGUCUAGAUGUUAAUGCCGUCCUCUCUAAUACCGAAAGAUUGCUUGUUCUGUGCUUGCUUGAAAAUAAUGGGGUGCUCCAGUUAGCUAGAGAGUUUGGUGAAUCUUCUAAAUUGAGAAGCGUUACAGAUGUACAGAUCAAGAUGGAUGUAUCAAGGGUGGCACAGAUUGUUGCAUCUAUUCCUGACAAAGCAAGAAUGAACUCAUUGACUUCCUUGUCAUCAAAUAUGUUCUUCAAGCAGGUUGUAGUCCAACUACUCUCCCUGGCGGAAGAAAGAGAAAUGAUUUUGCUAGACAAUGUAGAGAUGGAUGAAAUGGACAAAAAUGGUGCAAUGUUAUUCGUUGGGGAAAUGUUUUCUCGCAUUUGUCGCCGUGGCUCUACUGACAUAGUUGUGAACUAUGAGCGAUGGAACAGUCCACAUGCGUGGUUUCUGUUGUGGAUUUCUUUCAGUUCAGCUGUUACCUUGGAAAGAGCAGUUUUGGAUCUCUUAUCUAGUGAAUUAAUACCUGAAGUUCUAAGGCUUAUCAACAGCUGCUUAUCAUCAAAUAAUGAUUCAAUUACUAAGGAGUUGCUUGAGUCAAAACCUGAGAUGGUAUUUUGGUCAAGAAUAAUGGAAUUCAUCAGUGAUCCUUAUACAACAGAAAGAAUAUCUGAGCUGAUUUUGCAGAAGUUAGCUACUCAAGAUGCAAAUGAUAUUCAAGGGUAUUGGCUUCUGUGGUUGUUAUUCCAUCGAAUUUUUAAACUUCAGGCUUCUGUCAGGUGA